AUGCACGACGAAGGCGGAGAAGCGGGCGGUUCUUGCGGUCACUCAGCCGCACAACACGACGAUCCAUCCGGAGCCACCGCGCAACAAAUGUUGAACGAUUCAAUCUCGGAAGGGAUCUCAAGUCCGCAUGAAUGCGGUGGCUCAACUACGCGAAAGGAGAGCUCGCCAUUCGCGCGUUUCCCUCGCUAUAGCCACGAUUUGCGUCACCAUCCGCCAUGUGGACAUAAUUUACGGAGUAAACGUUUGAACGGGAUCUCGGUGGCGUGUCAAACCGAUUCAACUGACGAGUUUCCGAGAGAACAGAAUUUGUUGGCGGUGCGAGCCGCUCAAACGGAAGCCUCAUCCUCGUCAUCGGAAGGAGUGCUCCGAUUGAUGAUACAGAAUUUUCCGAAUAUGAACGACACCGUGCGAGGACCAAGUAAAAAGAUCAACGGGGUGCAAUGGAAGAUCAUGGUGAUGCCGAGACAACACGUCGUGCAGAAGAAAGGCACACAGAAAUGUCUCGGUUUCUUUCUGCAAUGUUGCCCUGAUGCGUACUCGGAUGCUUGGCAAUGUCAAGCGUCGGCGGAGUUGCGUUUGAUCUCGCAGAAGCCGGGCGUCAACCAUUUCACCCGGAAAACGAAUCACAUCUACACGGCUAAGGAGAACGAUUGGGGAUACUCGUGCUUCAUGACGUGGGCGGACAUUUUGGAGGAAGACCAAGGCUAUAUCAAAGACGGUCGAGUCGUUUUAGAGGUGUCUGUUAAAGCGGACACGCCAAAAAACAUCUUGACCUAUGAGGACUUUCAAAAGCAAAUUCAAAGCUGGUACGACCUGGCGGAACUACAGCAACAGCGGGGAUUCAUCGAUUUGGCAUUGGAGGCGAACGCGCAAGCGUUGAAAUUCUGCAAAGACCGUGAUGCAGCGAUCAAAGAACGUUUGGAAGAGCAGAAGAAAUUUUUCGUUGAGCGAAAACUUGUCGAGAGUAUUCAGAGGAUCGAGCAGAAAGGUACAUUGACAAGCGUGCCGGAUGAUGAGAACGCCUCGCAAAAUGCUGUUCGAUUGGCGCUCACUCAGAACACUGCUCAGAAAAUACCAGCUGUAAAAGGAGGAAAAAAUGGGAAGAAAAAUCCGACCAAUAAAAAGAAAAAUCGUGCCUCAACUCCACCGGGCAAUCCACCAACGGAAAACAAAGAUGACAGCAAAGAUGGAGAUGAGAAAGUGGACGUGAAAAGUGGACGAUUCUCGAAGAAUGUUCUCCUUCGUGGACAUCGAGAGGAUAGUUAUGCAAAUUUGGCAAAACAAUUCUACGAGAUGCCACCAGAAGCGAUCCAGCUGGAUGAACAGGACACUAGGGACGGUUUAAGCUACAUGUUUGAUCAACUCUUUCAUGUCGCUCGUUUGGACUAUCCAAACAAAUUCAAUUCAACCCCUUUGGACAUGGAGUUACAAAGACAAUUGAUCAUCAAGAAAGCGACGAUGUUCGUUGAAGCAUAUAUGGAAAGAGUGAAUCGAGGCGAAGAUUUGGUGGAAAGUGAACCGGAAGAGGCGAUCAAUGAGAUGGAUUUGAGUAAUUUAUGGCAACCGACAUUCAAGGAAAGCACAGAGGAUCGAGCGUUUAUCAUCGAGAAGAAUAUGGGAUGGUUGGACGCAAAAGUGAGACUGUUUUGGUUGGAGGACGAUUGCUCAUUCUCUGACGGUGCUUCAUGCUCAUCGGAAAGCGAUUCGGGCAGUGGUGACGGGCCACAAUUGAAGAGGAGUCGCUGUGAUGUGGACGAGCGCUGUGAUCAUUGCAUUCUCGCCGAGAAACUCGAGCAACUCUAUUUUGGUCGAGAAACCAAUCCAGCCGUUGGCGAAACAGUGCCCGUUCCAACCGUUCGCUUGAAUGCUACGCAACGCUCAAAUCGACAAAUCAAAACGGUGACGAAGAAAAACACGGCGGUUAGCGGAAAAGCUGCGGCAAAUGCUCAAGUGAUCAGUCAACAGUUGGCAGCAAUGCAACAAGCACAGCUAACACAGCCACCAAUCCCACCACCAACCUCAAUGAUGCCACCACCACACGAGAUGCUCGACGCCUCUCAGUUCGUUCAAGGAUUGGCGGCUGCCCAUUUGGCCUCAAUGCCUCCACCACCCGGGCUGAGCACUGAAGAUCUAGAGAAACAGUUCCGCGAGUGCACAAACGAGAUGCAAGUGGACGAGUCGACAAACGAGUUCUUGAAGCACACUUUCGCGAGAGUUUGGACGAUGAUGAGAGGAUUCGAUGAUCAAACGGUAAAUUCGCAACUCAACCCCCGAGGACAAGUGCUACCGAAUCAACAAGUGAACAUCGCGUUGUCGGUGAUCGCCGUGUGCUGUUUGAACGCGAAAAAAGCCGAGGAGAAGCUCAGCGCCAUCACGCAACACAUCGACAAAAAAAUCAGAAAUCCUGAUGUGCAAACAGCGUUGCGAUCCCUUUGCAAACUCGGCGACAUGGUGGUUGUCGAGGAUGAUGAGGACUCGGGAAGUCCACUUCACAAUGAAGACAAACACGGUGGAGAGGAUUAUUUGUUGUCGCGUCACUUGGCUCGUUUGGACAAUCUGCAACAGAAAGCCGAAAAAUACGCUUACUAUAUUCACAACAAAGAUGGAGAAAGAUUGAUGCAAGCAGUUGCGGCAGUCGAGCAAAAGUUCUUGACACUCGAAAAGGAGAAGGUGAAAAUGCAGAAACAAGUCGAAGAGCACAAGAAAGAGGUCGAGAAAGCGGAAAAGACCCUCACGAAACACCUCAGCGAACUCCGACAAGAAAAAGACAUCAAAGACAAGCUAAAUAAUCAGCUAAAAGAGAAAAACAAAGAGAUCAAGAAAUUCGAGAAACGAAUCAAAGAGUUGACUGUGAUGGCUGAAGAAAAGGAUGAGUUGAGAGAACAAAAGGACAAUAUUCAAAAAGAUCUCUCGGCUGAGAAGAAAAAGUAUCAGGAAUCGGAGAAUCGCUUGAAGAAGGAAACAGCCGCGAAAGAGGAGCUGAGAAGACAUCUGCAGAAUGAGAUCAAUGGGAAAGAUUCGGAGCACGCACGUUUGAUGCAAGCACACGAGGAAUUGAAGCAGCAGAUGAAGAAGAUGGAGACAGCGAUGAAUGCAGAGAAACAGAAAAUGGGACAAGUGUUGCAGCAGACACAGGAAAGGGCAAAGAAAGCCGAAUUGGUGACAAUUGAGCUUGUGUACGAGCAUGGAGUGAGGAAAUUGGAUCGAGGAAGAGAGGAUGCCACGAUCAAUAUGAAUAAGAUGGAUGAAGCGGCGACAAGAGCUGGCUCCACCGCACAACAACAAACCUUCUUGGCGUCGCGGGACGAAUGGAAAGGAGUACUCGAAGAGAUUCAACGGAUGGUUGAAAAGGCAAGAGUCGAGUAUUCGGCACAAGUGGACGCACUGAAGAAGGGAAAACAAUUGAGCGAGAUGACCAAAUUCUUGAUUCCGAAGCCACCACCCGCUCCAAAGAUCAUCACCAUUCCGUCAGCCACCCCAGCCGCCAUUCCAACACAACAACAAGUUGUGCUGCCACCUGAACCACCAAAGGCCUCACCUGGAGUGAUCGGUUCUCGCACAAAUUCCACUGCAUCCCAGCUGCCUGCACCAAUCGGCACAAAUAUCUCUCCAAAGAACAAAGCUCCCGGAUCGCCGAUUCAGAAACCGGUGGCCACCGUCGCUUCACAGCCACAAACCGCCAGUCCAUGUAGACAUCCAGGAGCUAUUGGCUCUCGUGCUAACGGCAACGAAGCAACUCCGAGCACCGCUGCCGCACCGGGAACUGCAUCAAAUCUGAAUAUGGGUGGAUCGUGGCACUGGAAUGAUUUCAGUUUAUCCGACAAUUUGCUUGGAAAUCGUGGUUUUGGGCCGCUCACAGACAAUUUUUCGGCAUCAGCGUCCACCAGCACCAACCCUGCUCCCACCACCACAACGCAUGCAACGACAACAAAUGGAUGGUCGGGUGAUGGAUGGAAUCAGAAAACUCCAACCGCCGUACCCCCAACAGCAAAUCACAACUAUUUGGGUAGUUUGGGGACAGCCAGUCCGAGUUAUGCGGUUUGGGAGAAUCCCGGUCCUCGCGCCCAACAACCACCCCAACAAGCGAACAUUCCACAACCACCACAGUCUCAGCCACCGCCACACACUGCCGCUCCCGGAGCCCCGAUUCAGCAGAACCAGAGAAUCACACAGAAAUACGGUGGCGAAGAAGCGUUUAAACAUCAAACGAUCCUCGAGCAAGUCAGCGAGAUCUUUCGCCACGUCGAAAAGAAGAAAUUGGUGAACUUGUCGAACGAGUACUGCUAUCAGAACCAAACGAACUUCCAACACGAACCAAUUCCGAUUGCUGUGAAGAUCCUGGAGAAGUACAUCACACAAAAGCUGAACAACGAGACGAACGAUGCGUCGAAUCGUCGUGUGAUGGGCACUCCGAUUCAACCGCCACCCGGUGUCACCCCGAGCUACAUGAACAUGGGUCCAUUAUCCGGUUUAGACAUGCCCAUCAGACAAACACCUAAUCAAAUGAUGGGCACGUACAACACGAUGAUGGACAACUCGCUUCUCAACGGCGAUGCCACUCGCUCGGUGAUCGGCGCCGACAAGUGGAGUCUUCAAAAUCUC